GAUAAAUAAAAUUAUAAUAAUAGUAGAGACGGAUGAAGUAUAUAUUUUUAAUAUUUUAACUCUCACUUUAAUGAGUUUAAUCCUUUUCUCGUGGCAGAACCUCACAAAGUCAAAGCUAUGAAAUUGACUUUUUUUUACAACGCACCAAAACGGUUGCCGGAAAAAAAAGAGCAGCGGCCGCGCCAGCUGAGCAAAGAAAAAUUAUCCAAUUUCUAGCAAAUCCCCGGCCGCGCGAAAUCUCUUCCUCUCUCUAGAUUCUGUCACUUCUGUUCUUCCUUUUAUCCGGUUCAAAGCAGGGGAAUUUAUACGUUAUCGGAGAGAAUCGGCGCCUCUGGCCGUUGAUUUGAUCCAGAGAUGUCGAAAUCCUUGCCGUAUUCGAUGAAAGACUUGCACUAUGACAACGGAAAGUUCCGGCAUCGAUCGGCAUCCAAGGCAAUUUCUCAAGCGCUCUUAACCAGUAAGGUUAACCGCAAUUUUGUAAAAUGCAGCACAGGGAAAUUUCUAGGUUUAUUAUUGAUUGGUGGUUUAGUAUAUCUCAUGAUGACCCAUACCAGCGCCCAUUAUUCUGGAUCUCAAGAUAUUGCAAAUGAUGGUGAGUCGAAGGAAGAAAAGAACUUCAUAGCCAAUGGAACAAAUCGACUUAAACGUCUUUUGAGAAGACCUCCUAAGCUCCCUCCUAGAUUAUCACCAGAUGAAAUAAUUCUGAGCAAUACAUCUACACAUGAGAACAUGAACUCAAGCGCUAAUUCCAAAUGGCAAUCAAAGCAGCAAAGAGUGAAGGACUCAUUUAUCCAUGCGUGGUCUGGGUACAAACGCUAUGCAAUGGGCUAUGAUGAGCUUAUGCCACUGAGCCACAGGGGAGUUGAUGGUUUGGGAGGUUUAGGAGCUACAGUUGUAGAUGCUUUAGACACAGCUAUGAUAAUGGGACUCGAUGAAAUUGUACAAGAAGCAGGCUCGUGGAUUGAAACACAGCUUCCUGAGAGGCUAAACGUGAAAGGCCAAGUAAAUUUAUUCGAAACUACAAUACGUAUUCUAGGUGGUCUUUUGAGUGCUUAUCAUUUGAGUGGUGGGGAAGAAGGAGGCAAUCCAUUAUACAAGGGACCGAAAUCAAAUAUCUAUCUGGAAAAUGCCAGGAACUUGGCGGAUCGUCUUCUCACUGCUUUCACAUCAAGCCCGUCUGAUAUCCCCUACAGUGAUGUGAUUUUGCAUGAAUGUUCUGCCCAUCCUGCUCCUGACGGGCUGAGCAGCACAGCUGAAGUGGCAUCUUUACAGCUUGAAUUUAAUUAUCUCAGUUUUCUAACUGGUGACCCAAAAUAUAGUACAGAAGCCAUGAAAGUUUUGCAGCACAUUAGAAUUCUCCCAAAACAUGAAGGACUGGUCCCCAUAUAUAUCAACCCUCAUUCAGGAAAGUUUAGUGGAGAAAAUAUUAGACUUGGAUCUCGCGGUGACAGCUACUACGAGUAUCUUAUUAAAGUUUGGCUUCAGCAACAAGGAAAAAACUGUUCAUACUUGUAUGAUAUGUAUUUGGAAGCAAUGAAGGGUGUUAGGCACCUUCUUGUGAGGAAAUCUGUUCCAAACGGGUUGGUGUUUGUGGGAGAAUUGCCUUAUGGGCCACAAGGUGGCUUUGUUCCAAAGAUGGAUCAUCUGGUUUGUUUCCUACCUGGUACACUAGCUAUUGGUGCCACAAAAGGUGUUACAAAAGAUAAAGCUAUGAGGGAGAACCUGCUCAAUUUUGAAGAUUUGGAAAAUCUCAAACUUGCAGAAGAUCUGGCCAAGACAUGUUUUGAAAUGUACUCUGUGACUUCCACUGGGCUUGCUCCGGAAAUAGCAUAUUUUAAUGAGGGACAUUCGGGGGGUGGUUCUGAUGGUGGAAACAAGAAUUCAAAAUAUGUGAAUGACAUAAUCAUAAAACCAGCUGAUCGUCACAAUCUCUUGCGUCCUGAAACUGUUGAAUCAUUAAUGAUAUUGUAUCGCAUUACGGAAGAUCCAAAAUACCGCGCGUGGGGCUGGGAAAUUUUUGAGGCCUUUGAGAAACACACCAUGCUUGAUUCUGGAGGUUACACUUCUCUUGAUGAUGUCACCGUAAUCCCACCCCCGAGAAGGGACAAGAUGGAGACUUUUUUCCUCGGCGAAACUCUAAAAUACCUUUACUUGCUCUUCGGGGACAGCAACGUCAUUCCCUUAGAUCAGUUUGUAUUCAACACAGAGGCUCAUCCCAUUCCCAUCAAACCAAACUCAUUCCAAACAUGAAUGAAUGCCACACUUUAAAAAAAUGUAUAAUUUUGGCCAUCUGGGGAAGAAAGAAAUGGAGCCUGGGUUUUUUUUACAGCUGAGGUCAUGUUUUCCUGUUGCUCUCCUGAGUUUGACACAUACUGAAUGCUAAAGGAGGGAUAUAGUUACUAUUACAGUCUAUAUAUGUACUAUAUUGUGUAACUUUUUUUGCAUUGAAGCAAUUAAUUAUAGUGUUCUUUCCUUUGUAAAAAUUUUGGGCAACCAAUAUUUUUACUACGGGUAGGUUCUUUGGUCGGAAA